UUUCUAUUGCUCUCUCAGCUGACAGCCCAAGCUUACAGUAAGAGAUGGGAUAUGACGCUUCCCCCCGCAGUGCAUUGUGGGAUGUUACAGACACAGACUAGUCUUUCCAGUUCAUAGCGAGCUGGUGUAUAGGGGACAGUAGACAUAUUGCUGGGAACUGCAUUAAAUUCCAGCUUCUGAUUACACUUAAUCAAGAUGUCAAGUAGAGGGGGUAAAAAGAAGACAACAAAGACCACGCGGUCUGCAAAGGCCGGGGUUAUAUUUCCAGUUGGGAGAAUGCUGCGUUACAUAAAGAAAGGGCACCCAAAAUACAGAAUUGGAGUUGGUGCACCAGUAUAUAUGGCAGCUGUACUGGAAUAUCUAACUGCGGAAAUUUUGGAAUUGGCUGGAAAUGCAGCGAGAGACAACAAAAAGAGUCGAGUAACACCACGACAUAUACUUCUUGCAGUAGCGAAUGAUGAAGAAUUAAAUCAGCUAUUGAAAGGGGUCACAAUAGCAAGUGGUGGUGUUUUACCUAAUAUUCAUCCAGAACUCCUGGCAAAGAAACGUGGAUCCAAAGGAAAGCUGGAAGCCAUCAUUACUCCACCACCAGCUAAAAAGUCAAAGACAACAUCACCUAAAAAGACAUUGGCAAAGAAACCUGGAGCCAAGAAAGGAGUUAGAAAAUCUAAGAAAAAACAGGGAGACGUCAGCAAAUCAGCAAGUGCAGAUAGCACAACAGAUGGCACACCUUCUGAUGGAUUCACUGUUCUUUCCACCAAAAGUCUUUUCCUCGGACAGAAGCUGAACCUUAUUCACAGUGAAAUCAGUAAUUUAGCCGGAUUUGAGGUGGAGGCUGUUAUCAACCCUACCAAUGCUGACAUUGACCUUAAAGAUGAUAUAGGUAAUGCCUUAGAGAAGAAAGGUGGCAAAGAGUUUGUGGAAGCUGUUACUGAACUGAAGAAAAAAAAUGGGCCCCUUGAUAUCGCUGGAGCUGCAGUAAGCUCAGGCCAUGGCUUGCCUGCCAAGUUUGUUAUCCACUGCAAUAGUCCCAGCUGGGGUUCAGACAAGUGUGAAGAGCUGCUGGAGAAGACAGUAAAGAACUGCUUGGCUUUGGCGGAUGAGAAGAAGAUCAAAUCCAUUGCUUUCCCAUCGAUUGGCAGUGGAAGAAAUGGUUUCCCAAAGCAGACAGCAGCCCAACUCAUUCUGAAAGCUAUUUCCAACUAUUUUGUGUCGACAAUGUCUUCUUCAAUCAAGACUGUGUACUUUGUGCUUUUUGAUAGUGAAAGCAUAGGCAUAUAUGUGCAAGAAAUGGCAAAACUAGACACUAAUUAAGCCAUUUGAAAUGUUCACCCAUUCAUUUGCCCUAUCACAAAAAUACAAUCUUUUAUUUUUGUGAGACUGCAUCAUAAUCCCAAAAAAAUACCCCAUACCCAUAGAGAAGCCCAUGGUACCUUUUUCAUUAAUGUAAAAUACAUUCAGGGUACAAGAGAAGCACAGGCAACGUUUGCCCCACUCUUGUAUCCCAUAGCAACAAAUGAAAUGAUCGCUUUCAUCAUUGCAUCCACUCUAGACCAGUAAAAACUGUGGAUCAAUGAUAUGUUAGAGAACUGGGGCUCCCUUUGCCACUGCAUAACCCCCCUUUGUGUUGGCACUGAGAGCUGGCAUCACUUCUGCUGAUGCACUAUAUCUGAGGCAUACGCUAAACUAAGUGUAAUUUAGAAGAUUUUAUAGUUUAUUUUGAUGAGGUGAGAAUUAUCCAGAUUGUAGUCGGGAAUAUAUUGUCUUUUAUAUGUGACUGAAAUGGAAGAACUAUUUUGUAAAUGUGUUGUGGUGCUUCACUGUAUAUUGAGUGGCUUUUUUUUCUCUCUGCAAAAGACACAAAUUGUGUUUACUUAUUUGUCUUAAUAACAAAUGAAACCCAUGCUGUUUUUAUUAUAUUUGCAAAUUGACAUUUACAUGCAUUGAUUUAUUAAAAUGGUUAUGACAAAGAA